GGUUAUAAACCCCACAAAUGAAAUAGUAGUAGUAGUAGUAAAUAACAACAUUAGUUAACAUCGUUUAUCGUAAGAACCAUUUAACUGAGUCACUGUCCCUGUAACUGUUAUUCUAGUCUUCAUAUUUCGGUACAUUAUUGCUCUCAUUGUACUCUUCAAAUGCAGGCUGGGGCUCAUUAUCAUGCCCAAGAGACUCAAUCGUGAAACUGUCGUUGAGUCUGUUUUGGAUAACUCAAUUGACAACAAAGAAGUAGUAAACAAGAGUAGGACCUUGGAGAAAAAUAAUUCAAAUAAACUUCACUCAACUAAAUCAAGAACAGUUCGAUCCAAUGCUUCUAAGGGAGCCCUUUUAGAAAGUGUUGAUAGAAAACAGGCUCAUAAUUUGAACAGGCUAACUGCAGAGGUCUCAACAAAUCAAAUAAAGAAACAAGAAGUUACAAAGAUUUCCAGCUGUGAUUCCGGUAAAAAAAAAAUUUGCAUAAUAAUUCAUAAAUCAAAGUAAAGAGGCUAAGAAUAUUCAAAUGUAAGCGAAUGAUCUCUUAUUAGGGCUAAUAUUACUACGAAGUGACUGAGUGGGGCGAGUUAAUCCCUAGGCCUAGACUAGUAGUUGAAUUGGGGUUUUUGGGGCUUAAUUUAAGGUUAAAAUGUGCCUUAAAUUUGACACUCCCUGUUUCUGCCCUUUCGCUGACAACACUCAAUUGUCAUCAGAUUACAACUUAAAUUUAAAAAUAAAUAUCUAUAACUUCAAUGCUAGGUCUAGAUAACUAAACAAGCCCGCAACUGAGAAAAAACGAGGGAAGGGAUGAUCGCAGUUUGCCGACGGGUCUUCUCUCAUAUUUGAGAGGCCGACAAUAAAUUUGCUACACUCAUUUUUUCACUCUGUCUUACCUUUUGUUAAUGCCAGUAACUAAGUUCAUAUUUUCAUGUAUUUUAAACAAGAUCAAAUUUUAUGUACCAGGUAUCAAUUAAAUAAGUCAUGAGUAAAUAAAACAUGUAAUGUAUUGGUUGAUAUUUUGAUGAUAUUUCAUUGAAAUAUAACCACUGCACCUUUCAGAGUAUUCUUAGUAGACUAAUCUAAAUUAUUAUACAGUUCAUGUGAUCCCAUUACCUGUAUUUUGAUGAACACAUGGACAUUUUUAUAUAUUUUAAACUAAAGCAUCAAUUAACAAGUAUUCAAGGAAUAGUUUUAAUAUUUUAAAUUCAUUAUGUAAUAAAGUAACAGCAGUAUGUAAAAAUGAAAACAAGAGAAUAGGGUCACAAAGUGCAGUACAUAGACACUAGACUGUAAAAAAAAAAAAGACAAUAGAACUUGCCUCUUGUAAAAAUUCAUAGCCCAAAAACUACUAAAGCUAAAUGAUGCUUGUUUUUAAAAAUUAUUAUUAUUUUUUUUUUUGCUGAAGCCACUAAGACUAAGGCGCAUCCUGAUUUAGGCCUAGACCUGUAUGAGGAAGUAAGCAUUUUGAUUGUGCUCUACCCAACGCAUAUUAUUUUAUUAUAUGUAGGACCCUGCUCAUUCCACCCAACAAUGACAUAUUAUUAUUAUUAGGCCUACUAAUACUAAGUUUACCUUGUCCAUCACCUCCAUGCCAUGACUGAGCAGUAAACCUAACAAUUUCUAAAUAUGUAAAAGCUGCAGUAAACUUAGCAUAUCCUCAGUGGAAGUAAAGCUGGAUUAACAACUGCUGCAAACUUAAUGUCAUUUUAAAAAAAAAAGGCUUAAGCAAAUUUGAUUUUAGGGAUGAUAUGGAAAACUCUUCUGUGAUUAGUUAAUGGAAAUGCACGCUCUCUGAAUGUGGUAAAUGGCAAGGCAUAGAGUAAAUACUAUUAUUGAGUUUAAAAGAAAUGUACAAUCUAAGUUUACAUAUUUUUCUAUACAAUGUGUGUUUGUGUCCAUGACCAUGUUGAAAUAGGCAUGAAUUAAUGGUCACAUCCUUAAUAUACCCUUCUAAAUAUAUUUUUGUAAAAAAAUAUUUGUUUAAAGUUUUAAUUCAUGUAAAACUUAUACUAUUGAAUCUAAUAUAUAGCCAAGCUUUUAUAUUAGGCCAAUAUGUUUAAUGAAAUAAUUAAACUGGAAUUCUGUGAUUGUCAGCCAUUAUUACAAACUUGCGUUUCAAUUCCCAGUUGAAGCAAAUUUAUUUAUUUUUAAAUAAUAUCUGAUUCUGAAAAGGGCAUUGGAACCUAUAAAAACAUACCGGUACUUUGAAUUCAGUUUUUGAAAAAUAUAAAAUUUAAUAAGCCUAUAAUGGAUUAAUUGUCAAACGUAAACAUUGUGUAUAAGUCAUUUCUAGUCCAAAUAGACACUCCCAAAUCUUUUUCUCUCUGCUUUAUUAGGCUACUGUUUUUGAAAAAAAUGAUGUUAUAAGUACUCAUUUAACAGCUGCAGUACAUACAGCUGCAAUGCAUGUAGGUUUGAGUUUUUUUGUGCUUGUCGCCUGAGUAAACCUAGUGCCUCGGUAACCUAGUACAGACCAUACUUAUUUGGCUUUAUUGAGAAUAUAUAUUUAAUUUAAACAACUAUCAAACUACUGUUUUAUGACUCUAAUUUGUUUAAAACGUUGAGAACUACUCAGGUAUAUUCCCUGCUAUUAGUAUCAUAUUGGAAUAUAACCAUGGUUAGAGUGGGGGUUAGAGUGAAAUAAAUACUAAAGCUAUCUUCACAUGAACAUUUGCUCACUACAUUAGCGAUGAUAAGCAUGUCAGAUAGUUAUUUUUAAUAAUGAUCUUAUGGACUAACAAUUAUUAUUCACAAUUAAUCUGAUUUUUUAAAGAAAAUAGCAUCUAAACAUCUCAAUUGGAUUGUAUAAUUUAUUAUACUUUUAUUAAUUCAUUAAAUUUAAUUUUAUAAACCUACCUCCUACUUUAUUUCAUUUUUAUGAUUAAAUGUGUCUGUUAAUAAAAAUAUUCCAGACCAUGAAGAUAUUUCUGGAAUUAGUUUCAAAUUCAGCCAGGAGCCCCUCUUGAACUCUUCUCAAGAUGAUUCAUUCUGUGAUGUGAAAUGGGAUUGUGGGUCCCCUGAAACCAUACAAAAAGUGAAGAGAUGUAAGUUGAACCAUAUGUUGGGUACACAAAUAUUCAUUUCUAAAACCAUAGGUAAAAAUGAAAAUCUUUGUGUCACAGCUUUAUAAGCAUAAUGGAACUUGAGAAAUAAUGGAAAACAAGGAUCACUUAUUAUCUUCAGGGAGCAGAUAGAAUAAUAUCCACAACUAUAAUGUUGCAUUAUUCAUACCAAAAUAUUUAUUUUCUUUUUCUGCUUCCUGUAGCUAUAACUUUUUUAUAUUGAUUUAAAGCUGAAUCAUAAAUAAUUAGUAUGUGUAUUUCGCACAACAUAACUUUCUGAUGAUCAUAAUUUCGUAAUAAAAAACUCACUUUUAAUUCCAGAAUCUAGCUCUUAAUUUUGAUGACUUGAUUAUUGUAUAUUAAUAAGUUAACCCACUGACAAAAUUUUCUAAAAAAUAGUUUGUGAAUUUAAGCUAUUAAAGUGAUUUAAAAAAAUAUAUAUUUAUCAUUAAAUUUAUUGUUACUGAUAUGUUCUCUAAUAGGGAGAGGCCAUUAUAAUGCUGAGAGUGUGAAAAAUGCUGUUUCAUACUUCAGUGAUAUUGUAAGUUUUGUUAUUUUCUUAAUGUAUUAUUAUUAUUAUUAUUUAAUUACUGAUUUUAAUAUUAUACUUAAUUAUGAACAUAGGUAGAACAUUUAGUUUUUCUUCAAGAAAAUAAAUUUAAAUAAUGUCAGAAAAAUCCAUGAAAAAGAUUUCAGAAAAGACCCUUGCAUUGUCAUCUAUAUUUAAAUAAAGUAAAAUAUUAUUUUAUUUCUUAGCAUGUCAAGUCCCAGAAAAAUGCUUCUAGUUCUAGCAAAGUGGGAACAAUUUUACACUCCAAAGACUUAUUUGCUCUUGCUACUAAAAGCAGACCACACAAAGGAAAAGAAAGGUAUGACAAGUACUAAUUGAGACAUUGACAACCAUUCAAAUUAGAGAUUCGUAAAGAUGUAAUCUUUGAGCUUAGCACUACUUUGCUUUAUUGUAAUUGAUUAAUUAGUUCUGAUGUUUAAAAAAAACAACAGAAUGUAUAAUUUUGAAAAAGACCAGCGGUAUCUGUCAAAGAAACAUUGUCUUAACAGUUUUCCAGUUUGUGUAUGUGACCUUACAUUUAGAUAAUUUUGUGCCUCAUUAGAUGGUUAACAUGGAGUUUAUCGUCUCUGCAACUCUUGAAACGCUAUCUCCAAUUUUUUUUUAAAAAUCCACUUUAUAAAAAAUAUGCUGCUUUAGGGCUUUUUGUAAAUAAAUUUUUUUAAGUUAUUCAGUGGAAAGUAGAUUUUGUGUCACAUGAUCGAACUAAAUGUUUCCAAGUUCAUUUUAGUUAGGUUCUUAGUGUCACCUGUAACAUUUAGAUAACCUUACUCGGCAUUUAGACAGUUACAAUGUAACAUUUAGAUAACCUUACUCAGCAUUUAGACAGCAGUGUAACAUUUAGAUAACCCUACUCAGCGUUUAAGACAGCUACAAUGUAACAUUUGGAUAACCUUACUCAGCGUUUAGACAGCUACAGUGAUGAUGUACAUUAACGGAGAAACUCCAUUGCUUGUUUUUGCAGGAUAUGUAAAAAGAAGCCACAUGAUUUUCAAGAAAUGGUUGAUAGUUUUCUUCAAGAUUUGACUAAAAAAAACCAGACAGGUAAAUAA